GUGCCAGGAAACGAGUAGUGUACAGUACACGCAAGGUCUUAAUCUAAGACCUUGCAGUACACGUGAGUAGGCUUAUGGGUUUGUUAUUAAAUAUUUUUACGAAAAGUCAAGAUUCAAUCGAUAUUUUAAUCAGGAUCGACAGGCAGAGCGGAAUCGAAUGCCAUUAUCCAUUGGUAAAAGUUAAAUAUGAUGUUUACCUAAGAGAAGUAACUGCCACUGCUGCUCCAGUUUGUUUCUUGUUAUCUACACCUAUAUUCAAAUUUUACAGGGAAUUUAGCGGUCAGAAUGGGACGAUCGUCGAAAGACAAGAGAGACAUCUACUACAGACUGGCGAAGGAAGAAGGGUGGAGAGCGAGAAGCGCCUUUAAAUUGCUACAGAUAAACGAAGAAUUUAACAUCUUCGAAGACUGCAAGCGGGCGGUGGAUCUGUGCGCCGCUCCCGGAAGCUGGAGCCAAGUUUUGUCGCGGAAACUGCGAACGGGGUCGGACGAUCGGGACGUCAAGAUCGUGGCCGUGGAUCUACAGGCCAUGGCUCCGUUACCCGGAGUGAUACAGAUUCAAGGGGACAUUACGAAACUGUCGACGGCGCAGCAAAUAAUCGGUCACUUCGAGGGGGAGAGCGCGGAUCUGGUGGUGUGCGACGGCGCUCCCGACGUCACCGGACUACACGACAUAGACGAAUACAUACAGGGACAACUGCUGCUGGCCGCUUUAAAUAUAACGACCCACGUGCUGAAAAAGGGCGGCACCUUCGUGGCAAAGAUAUUCAGAGGUAAAGACAUAAAUCUGCUCUACUGCCAGUUAAAAAUAUUUUUCCCCGCGGUUUUCGUGGCAAAACCUCGAAGUAGUAGAAAUUCCAGCAUAGAAGCGUUUGUCGUGUGUCAGAAUUAUUCUCCUCCGGAAGAAGGGUGGAGAGCGAGAAGCGCCUUUAAAUUGCUACAGAUAAACGAAGAAUUUAACAUCUUCGAAGACUGCAAGCGGGCGGUGGAUCUGUGCGCCGCUCCCGGAAGCUGGAGCCAAGUUUUGUCGCGGAAACUGCGAACGGGGUCGGACGAUCGGGACGUCAAGAUCGUGGCCGUGGAUCUACAGGCCAUGGCUCCGUUACCCGGAGUGAUACAGAUUCAAGGGGACAUUACGAAACUGUCGACGGCGCAGCAAAUAAUCGGUCACUUCGAGGGGGAGAGCGCGGAUCUGGUGGUGUGCGACGGCGCUCCCGACGUCACCGGACUACACGACAUAGACGAAUACAUACAGGGACAACUGCUGCUGGCCGCUUUAAAUAUAACGACCCACGUGCUGAAAAAGGGCGGCACCUUCGUGGCAAAGAUAUUCAGAGGUAAAGACAUAAAUCUGCUCUACUGCCAGUUAAAAAUAUUUUUCCCCGCGGUUUUCGUGGCAAAACCUCGAAGUAGUAGAAAUUCCAGCAUAGAAGCGUUUGUCGUGUGUCAGAAUUAUUCUCCUCCGGAAGGUUACGUGCCGACCGUGCUAAGUUUAUUGGACGGACGGUUUUCUUAUCCUGUGGAGCACGUCGACGGUCCCAAUCGCACCGUGGUUCCUUUCAUCGCCUGCGGAGACCUCAGCGGUUUCGACGCGGACAGGUCCUACCCGUUAGACAUCGAAGGCAGAGAAUACGAAUAUCGCUCGCCCGUUCAGAUUCCCAUCGAUCCUCCUUACAAGAAAGCCUGCGAAUUGAAAAAGCGAGACAAACUGACCAAACCCGAAACCGUAAUCGUGGAGCCCGGCGAUUGUACUUCGGCGGAUGACCGAGAGUGCCAAAGUGAAAAUGUUGAGCAAGUAAACGAACGAUGAAACGUAGCAAUGAUUCCUUGACUGUUGCUGACGUCAUCCAAAUUAAAAAUAUUUUAUUAACUCAUUCUUAUGUGAAUAAAGUACUUUUACAAUAACAACAACAAAACUAUAAAAUUUCUGGAAGAGCCUAUGUUAAUACUGUCUUUAGACAGUUUUUAUAUAUUUGAAAAGAAAUCGUCUGUAUAUUAAAUUGAUUUAACAUCGUAUUUAUUGGAAAUUAAACUACGAAAAAUUUUACGCUUAGGAAAAUUAGAUUUUAUUUUUACUUUCUAUAGAAUGUUCUGUAUUGGACUAUACUGUAAGUAGAAAAAAUUAAUGUAGAAAUAAUAUAUUUUUGAUAUUUACCCACGUACUACAGCCUACUUCGGUGGUGUGCCAAGAUCAACUCUUAAUUGGGCUACAAUUUCAAAAAAUAUCCCCACCGUCUGCCCUUCCUUAAUCUCGAGAACGGAG